UGAAUUUGUUUACAAACUGUGAUCAAAGUCGAAGAACUGCAUUAUGAUAGAGAAGCCCAAAUACGUUUGCAUAAAUUGUGGACACGGCGUGCGCGACUUGCACAAGAACUACAGCAACACAGUAAAAACCACGCACUGCGAACAAUGCAAGAAGGUUGCGGACAAGUACAUCGAGUUUGAGGAAUUAAUAAUCCUCCUGGAUGCUCUGCUCCUGUCACAACAGGCCUUUCGCCACAUGAUAUAUAACGAUAGCUUUAAGCUUUAUUGGAAAAUAUCACUGGUGCUUCUGUUGCUGGAAUCCUUUGCACUCUGCCGUCAGAGGCGUGAUGAUGAAUCAGGUUCGCCAGUAAACGAAAAAAGUUUUUAUAUGUGCGUCUUGCAAAAUAUUGGAGAUUACGUGUUUAUUACAUUGCUUCUAUUACUAGUAACAACGUUGCGUGGUGGCAUCAAAUUUCCAAAAGCUGGUCUGGGCUCAUUUACGAUAACUCUGCUAAAAGCGGUGGUCAUAUCCAAUCUUUCAAAAUUUUUUCUGCUGCCCAUUUUGGUUUGGCGCAAUAACACAACCGAUUUGGGUAGUCAACUGCAUUAUAUGCUCGUGACAUCCCAUAAUCUGUGCUCGCUGAUAUUGGCUUAUGAGGUAGUGGGUGCCUCAGUUAGCAGAAAACGUUGGCUGACAUCUUUAUUUGUGAUUGGAGUAUUUUUAUUAAAAGAAUAUCUUAAGCUGGUAGCAGCACGACAUUCCCAGAACAUUCUUGCUUAAAUGACUACCAAAGUUAAAUAUAGUUUCA